AGAAACGUGUGGUCUGUGCUGGUGAUUUUGAUCUGCAUUUUGGUUCACCCUGUGAGGAUCCGUGGAUUCUCAUGGAACAUCUUCUCCUCCUCCUCGUCUACGGCCGCCACGGGCGGCGGCGACCGCGGCGCUCCGAUGACAAUGGAGCUCGACGGCGCGGUGGCCGACUUUGCCAUGGACGGCGGAGCCAACAAUGACCCCAGAGGGCUUAGGUUGCCGGAGAACGCGCGGGACAAGCUCGCCGGGCCGAGGAACUGCUGGCAGGAUGCGUACCGGAAGCUCUUCGCCAGCUGCGGCGAGAUCAUGGCCGACAAGGAGAGGCAGUCGCGCCUGGCGUGGCACCUCACCGGCUGCUUCCAGGAGGACUCCGGGCGGCCGCCAUUCCCGCCCUGCGCGGAGGGGUCCAAGAUGGUGCAUUGCCGCAAGCGUCUGAGUGAAUCGGAAGGCAAGGUCUUCCUCGAGUUCUUCUUGGAGACCAACACCCUGUGCCACCAAUUGCAGGCUGAAGCUUUCAAGCACAACAUUUUUUGCUGCUCUGGACAAGCUGUACAUUCUGCACAAUGCCAUUCUUGCCGAGUCUCGCUUCAUCAAGGCCUUCUUCUUCUAUUGCUGCAUUGUGUUCCUCGUCUACAUGCUCACCAGCGCAAAGCAAACGUUCGGCAUCAGGGGCCAACUCUACUUUGGUCUGUGCAUUACGCUUCUAUUGGAGAUUGGGUUGAUCAAAAUUGGCGCCGACGAUUUCGACAGGCAGUUCCGGGUCAUGUCCAAGUUGUUCUUGCUCCGAAUGGUGUUCCUCGGCGUUGCCAUUGUUCAGAUCCUGCACUCCAUAUUCACCUACAGGACGUAUUAGACAGUGCACAUCAACCCGAAGGCGGCGCAACGAAAUCGUCGCGGCGGAGGAGAUCGUCGGCGAGAACUCCAUCACGACGUCGGUCUCCCGGAAGUAUAAUCUGCGGCCACGGAAAUAGGCAGCGGUCUGGUUUUUCUAUAGUUCGAAAAAAAAACGAGGAUCGAUUCCAACAACUCGUUGACAGGGAAGCCUAUUAUUACGACAUUAAUCAAUACUAACAGCCAGUAAUGAAUCAAA